AUGCGAGAGCUUCCACCUCCAUCUCGUCCCACUCUUCCUCUUCCUCCUCCUCCUCCUCCUUCUUCUCUCCCUCUUCUACUUACUCGUUCUACUCCUAAUUCUCCUUCUCACUUUACUCCUUCUGCUCCUCAUCUUCUUCCUGAUUUUUCUUCUUCUCUUUCUUCCUACCUCCUUUACUCUCAGCCUUUUCCUCAUUUUGGCCAAAAAAAAUGGGCUCAUCGAAUCACGAAGGUGAGUCGAAUUGUAACUGCUCGGAAGGCACUUCGUUUGGAGGCCGCAGCCGUUGAUGCAUUCUAA